UGCGCACAGAGGAGGAGGCAGUGGCAGUGUGCGCAGCGGCGUUGUUUUGUGUGGUUGUGAUUCCCCUACUGCACAAAGCCCUCACCCACCCUCAACCCCUGGACGCUAAACCUUCCACUCUGUGAAUCCUUCCCCUCAAACUUUCUCGAAAACAAGAAAACGAUAACCCAAAGACAGACAACAAUAAAUUGGAUAAAUCUGGGAAAUGAGAGAGAUGUGAUAAUGAUCGUGUGACAAAAGAAAUGGUAGAAGAAGAAUAGGAAGAAGGUCCAGGAGGAGUUAGUGUGGUGUGACCAGAGGGAUGUGCUCGUGACGGUGGAUGUGUAGUGUGUGUGGUGCUGUUAGUUAUUACUGCACCUGCUGGUCAGCCAUCUCACCUCACCUAGGUAAUGAAACCAAUAACGUUAUCGUGAGAUACUUAGUGGCGUCCUUGAGGCUCAUGCGAGGCAAAGUCAGAGCCUCUACCAGCCACCCCCGGCCUGUGACCCGCGAACAGCACCUCCUUCUCCUCCUUAGCCUCAUAAAGUGAGACAAUUACCUGUGAAGGAGACGUGGCGAGAAGACAAGGUUCCUCACCGUUACCCGUCAUCUCGAAGUCAGCUUGAAGGAGACAACUGGACACAGAUGAUGAAGAAGAUGGCGGUGAUGGCGCUGUUCAGUUUAUUGGUCCUCAUCCCUGUUACGAUGGCUGUUCCAGACGUCAACCAGCUGGAGGGAGAAGCCGACUUUCGGUCAGUGAAGCUCCACUGGAAGUACACAGCCGAGUUGGGGAGCCUGAGUCACUUCACCAUCACUUACUGUGAAGACCAGUCGUGGGGGAAGUAUCGGUGCAAGAAACAGCUUCUGGAGGAGAGGGAGGGGAAGCAACUGAGUCCUCAAGAUGCCAACCACAAGGAGUUCGAGGUGGUGGUGAACGGGCUGAGGAUGGCCACCAACUACACGCUGGAGGUGACGCCCGUCCUUGACACCGAUCCCUCAGACCUCUCCCACCUGGGCCAGGAGGUCACCAUCAGAACUAAGGGCUUCUCAGCCAGGGCCACACAGUGCUUAGCCAACUCCAGUGUCGUCGAGGUUGACACAGGACCUAACUUCGGGGGCAAGAUCUCUGUGGAGGGAAGUGACGACCCGAGGUGUAGGACGGAGGGCAUAAAAGACAGUGCCCAGACGAACUACCUGCUGAGUAUCGACCACGAGGUGUGCGGCAGCCAAGUGCUCAACACCUCCGUCAUGACAUUCAUCAUCGUGCAGGAGAACCUCCCCAUCCUCACCCACUCCACCAGGAGGUUCCUCGUCAAGUGUAGCUACAUCCCUGAGACCUUCACCGUCAGAGCAGGAGUGAGUCUGCCUGAAGAAGACAACAGUGUAGACGAGGACCUAACGCCCUUCGACCAGUCGGUGUUUGAGGUUGACCCGUCCGAGCUGUUCGAUUCUUCCAACAACCUGUUCGAUUCUCGGCUCUCCCAGGAGAUCGGCAGAGCCCUCAAAAUGUCAUGAGGAAGCCAACAAAGAGCCUCAGAUGUGGGCCCACUUGGUGCUGAUGGUGAUCCUGGUGAUGGCAGCCGUGGUGGGUCUCUCCUGCGCCCUCUGGCACUUCGUGAGGCACGCCAGGGC